CGGCGACCAGACCCUGCCGCCUUGCCUUGGAAGCCGCGUGUGUGAUUUACUUUCUGACAAAUUUUGGUGCAUUGAAAUAAUCCUUCUAAUACGACGGUGAAAAACGAUGGGUCUUCGAUGGGGGACGCUUCGUUUGGCAGCCCUGUGGGCGUUGUUUGUGUGCUUGCAGCUUGCGGGUGGUUCUCCCUUCUUCGGUGUGUCAGUUCAGGGAGGCUUCCAAGCAGAAGCUGACAUAGCAGUGGCAGCACGAGCUAUUCGGUUGGUGGCCGAAUCGUCCCAGCAAUCGAUGGUAACCUUUUCGACGAAGCUACCGUUAAAUACCGCAGUCCACAGCGUUACCGCCGGCGCCGUACUGCAGCUUAACACUAUUGCUCUUACCAACGUCGCCAACCUUACCGAUCGCAUAAGCUGGGCAGCGAUCAACAAAACCAACCCACCGGCCGAAGUGUUCUCAACGUUGAAAACUGUUUACACUGAUGUUGUAACCAGCAUGCAACAAGCAGCACCCGCCGCCAUCGAAUUGAUUACCGCCUAUUCCGCUGCCAAUGGUGCCGCGAUUGCGAGAUCCAGCAACAACGUUUUGCUUAUCUUGGCCGACAUUUCCAAAAGCCUAUCGCUGUUCAGCAGCACCAUCGACACGUUUCCCACCCCAAUAACAGCGAAGGAAGUGUUUGAGAAGCUAACCAAAUCUCAAAUUGCCAACAUUGUCGGGGCACUGGAUGCACUUAGGGCCGAGCUAACGGUGCUGGCCGGUAAGCUGAAGGAUACGGCAAUGACGCUGACCGACUCGGACGCGCUCAUCUCGAACUACAUCAGCAUGCUGUCUCAAGCAUUUGGUAAUAUUGACUUUAGCCUGUCGAACGUGUUCAACAGGUUGAGUGGGCUGUCGGCAGAUUUCGAGAGGCAACUGCGAGCCUCAGAAUCUACCAUUAUGAAUGAUGUGCAGUCAUUCAACGCGAAGAUCACCGUUUUCAAGGACAACAUUAUCGCCCCAGCGGCUAGUCAGAUCCUGUCGAUCACGAGAAUUUUCAGCGAGAAGUACAGCGAAUCCUACACGAUUAUAAAGCCGAACGUCGAGGAUCGGCUACAGCUGGUGGAAGAUACCGCCACCGAUACGGUGCUGAAUGCGGUGCAGAAUUUGCUCUUUACCACCUAUCGCGUGCUGGACAGUGCAAUGCGCCGCAUUCCGAAUGCGCCCGCGCUGGGGAAACCUUGUGCCAGCGAGUUUAUCAACCCUUACGUGCAGAAUUUGUCCUCCAACAUGGCUUCAUCGCUUACCGGUUGCAUCUCUUCCACGGCCGCCCAGGUGGAAGCGGUGCUUCGGGCGCAACUUCAAGCAAUCGGUGCGCUGGUAAAGGACCGACAGGCAUACUUCAAGAUGUGGAACGACGCCAUUAACGGAGUCAGCACUACCUCCGACGUUACUACAAGAACUGUCGCCUUCAUAAAGCUGACUGCGCGCACGGCUAAUCUACAGCUCGAUACUCAGGGGCCAAUGUUGGCGACCCUGUUUUCAAUCUACGCACAGUUGGUGUCCAAUCUGGAUGCUAUACUUAACCGCAACAAACUGUGUAUUACACUCAAAAGUGCAGAACUGUCUGCCCAGCUGGUUAUGGCCUCGACAAGCUUCAACACUUGUAUAGAUAGUUAGAAUAUCUUGUAAGUUGGAGAGAUAUCUCAACUUAGAUUGUUGCAAACUAUGCAAUCAUAUUACGAACUACAUGGCGCUAUGCACGAAUAGUUUACAAUUUUACCGUUACUUAUUUUAAUCAUGAGUAAAUUAAAAGUAAACUCAUCACAAAAUUAA